AUGGAGUUGGUAGCUGCAUAUCUUCAAGGUCGAGCUUUACAACGUGAAAGACAUUAUAGGGACCCCUUGGAUCCUUUGCAUGUUAAUGAUAAUCAGUUAUUGCGGUACUAUAGAUUUCCAAGACAUGAAAUUCUGUGGCUCUGUGAGGUGUUGGACCCAUAUUUGAGAAGAACACGGAGGUCACACGCAGUGCCAACCCACACACAAGUGCUUGUGGCCUUACGCUUUUAUGCUAGUGGAACAUUUCAGAGUGUGAUUGGGGACUCAUGUGGACUAACACAAGCAAGUGUAAGCAGGAUAAUUGCAGCAGUGACCAGAGUGUUGACAGAAAAGGCAAGAAUAGAAAUAAAGUUUCCAUCAAGUGCUAAUGACUUAAUGAAGACUGUCCAAGAUUUUUCAAGAUUUGCAAACCUUCCGAGAGUCAUAGGAGCCAUAGAUGGUACUCACAUUCCAAUUAAAGCACCAUAUGUUGAUGAACACAUUUAUGUUAACAGGAAAAGGUUUCAUUCAUUAAAUCUACAGGUAGUUUGCAAUGCAGAUGGACUAAUAAUAAGUUACAACACAAGAUAUCCUGGCAGUACUCAUGAUGCAUUUAUUUGGUCCAACUGUGCACUACGUGAUAGUGGCUAUCCCCUUGAGCCAUACCUUUUAACGCCUCUGUCGAAUCCAAGAACACCAGGAGAAACCCGUUACAACAGAAGUAACACCAGAACACGUGGGAUCAUAGAGCAGACAUGUGGCAUAUUGAAGUCAAGAUUCAAGUGUCUGCAUCAUUCUGGAAGAACUCUUCAGUGUGAUCCCGUUAAGUGCUCCAAAAUUGCAAUUACCUGCCUGCUUCUCCAUAAUUAUUGUGUGAAACGAAGGAUACCAAUUCCGCAGGAGAUUGCAGAAAAUGAUGGCGAGGUGAACAUUGCAGCAAAAGCUGCUGAACGUGGCACAGGUCGUGCAGUCAGAGCUCGUCUUACUGAAAAUUAG